GACGAUGAGGUCAUUCAAGAAGGUCUCCUCAGGCCCAGCAGGGGCGAGUAAAGGUGGAGACGAGCCCGGGAAGUUGCCGGAGCAGGAAGAGGAGGAAUCCCAGGUUUUGCACGGAACAGGCCAUUGCAAGUGGUUCAAUGUGCGAAUGGGAUUCGGGUUCAUCUCCAUGAUCAACCGGGAAGGAAACCCUUUGGAGUCUCCAGUUGAUGUUUUUGUACACCAAAGCAAGCUUUACAUGGAAGGAUUUAGAAGCCUAAAGGAAGGCGAACCAGUGGAAUUUACUUUUAAGAAAUCUUCCAAAGGCCUUGAAUCAAUACGGGUAACAGGCCCUGGUGGGAGCCCCUGUUUAGGAAGUGAGAGACGACCCAAAGGGAAGACAGUACAGAAAAGAAAACCAAAGGGAGAUAGAUGCUACAACUGUGGUGGCCUUGAUCAUCAUGCUAAAGAAUGUAGUUUACCUCCACAGCCAAAGAAGUGCCAUUACUGUCAGAGCAUCAUGCACAUGGUGGCUAACUGCCCUCAUAAAACUGUUUCACAACAGCCCACUAGUUCUCAGGGAAGAUAUGAAGCAGAACCACAGCCUUCCACUUCUUCUUUCCUGAGAGAAGGGGGAGGGGCUUAUGUCCAUUCAUCUCCAUCUUAUUCUCAGGAGGGAAGGUCAGAGAUCUUAGAACGUUCAGGCAGGUCACCACAAGAAGCUUCCGCCAGUAAGUUAUCUGCAUCUCCUGAAGAACAAAGUAGAAGGGGGCCUUCUGUUCAAAAAAAGGAAAAAAACUUAGAGCUUUGUCAUAGCCUUUCGUUUUCUUUACCCUCUUGGAAUGUCUACCUCAUGCAAGAACAGGGGAAGUAA